AACUAUGAGCAACCAGCAGCUACCAAGGGAGAACUUUGGGGUUAUUACCUCUACUAUAACGGUGAUAACGGAUUCACCAUGAACAGUUAUAUGCCAAACAUCCUUCAAUCUCUGGCGUAUAAGGGUGGUUUUUACUUGGAUACCCCCGAUGUCAGAGGAUGUGAUCCCAGCAACACUGACAAAGUCUGUUACGUCCCAUGGUCUGGCGGCCCUAUUCCAGUUGCUUCCAUGAGUUUGUAUAUCCAGGCCAUUGCCUUCUCUAUUCAAUUUGUCCUAUUCACUACCUUUGGAUCACUUGGUGAUUAUGGUCGAUGGAACAGAUGGAUCCUGCUUGGUGCCACUAUCGUCGGCUGUUUCACUCAAAUCAUUCCUAUCGUUUGGGUCAACAACGAUGGUAGUCAAUGGAAUGGUAUGAUGGGUAUUAUGUGUAUUGCUUGGAUUUCUUAUGGUGCCUCUUUGGUCUUCUAUGCCGCGGCUUUCCCUCUUUUGUCUGACAACUUGCCUGUUGUACGUCAAGCUCGAUUUGAUCCCAAUGUUUCACGAGAAGAAUAUGUUCUUGUAGCUGAGAAAUGGAGAAACAACGUUAGUGCCAUCUCCACUACUUUUUCCAACGUUGGUUUCUUGAUCGUUACUGCUGUUCUUUCUGGUGCUUCCUUUGCACCUUGGGAGAACUAUACUUUCGAUGAUGGCACCGCUCACGUUCUUGGUAACGUUCCUCUUUUCAACUAUAUCUCCACCGUCGUUUGUGGUGGUUUCUGGGUUAUCAACGCUAUUCCAUACUUCAUCUGGGUCCCUGCUCGCCGUGGUGGACCUCCUCUUCCCGCAGAUAAGCACCACUUGACCAUUGGAUGGAAAAACAUCAUUGGUGCUCUCAGAGAGGCUAGAAAACUUCGCUACCUCUUUAUGUAUAUUAUCGCCUACUUCCUGUUUUCCGACGCUGUCAACACCCUCAACUCUAUGAUCGGUAUCACCCAAGGUCAGAUCACCAGCUUUAACGCCCAACAAGUUACCAUUCUCAAUCUUGUCUCGGCUGUCUGCUCUAUCAUUGGUUGCAUGGCUUUCCUUUGGAUCCAACGCUACUUCAAGAUCAGAACCAAGACCAACCUUUUGAUCAUCAUCGGAUUGACAGCUGUCAUUCCCAUCUGGGGAAGCAUUGGUAUUGGAACCACCAACUUCGGUAUUCACAACACUUGGGAAUUGUGGAUCUUCUAUGUCUGGUCAGGUCUUUUCACCGCCCCUAUCUGGGCUUGGCAACAGACUAUGCUUGCAGAAUUGGUUCCCAAGGGUAGAGAGAACCUGUUCUUCGGUCUCUUUGGUGUUGUUAAUAAGGCUUCUUCAUGGAUUGGACCUGUCGUUAUUGGCGCCAUUACUGCAACCACUUCAAACCUCUGGAAAGGCUGGCCCUUCGUCCUUGCAUUGUUCAUUAUCUCCGUUGUCAUCAUUUGGUUUAUUGAUGUUGACCAGGCCAAGGAAGAC